AUGAAGAAGUUUAUGCUGGACACCAGAGCCGCCCUGGGUGUCGCACCCAAGACAAUAGACUAUGAUUACGACGAAAUGUCUGUCAAUGUGAAGACUAUCAGCCAUACUCUUUCCGAGUACCUGUCUGAAAUUGAGCACAUGAAGUCAGCUUGCCACAACCUUGUGAUGGCGAUGGAGGGUAUGUCGAAGGUCUUUGAUACAAUGACAGCUGGAAAUGGCAUUCCUGAGUCCAUGAAGAGCCUUGCAGCACACUAUACCAAGCUGGCGAGAACGGCGCAGACCGAGCUUCUUGUAGACUACAAGAAGGCGCUUGACGACGAUGAAAGCAUACCUGAGAUUAGGAGGCUUGUAACAACUUGCAAGGCUCUGGAGGCAAGGCGCAACAAGAUAAGGAGCGAGUAUGACACGUACCGCGAUGCUGUGAGCAAGAAAGAAACUGUAUACAGAAGGAGGGGCAAAAGUCUUUCUGAAUCGAAGGUUUACGAAGGAGAAGUUGCCAGGCGCGACAGCCUCAAGGCUGAGUUUGAGAAAGCCGACAAAGAGUUCAAGGUGAAGUAUAUGGAGCUGUCUGCGAUGAAGGCUUCCAGCUACAAGGGUGCCAUGGCAGUUUAUUUGCAAAGCUUCUCACAGCUGAUGACUUCUGUGGAGAAAGGAAUAGACGCGACGAAGAGAAAGAUAGAUGUGGUUGAGGUCUAG